AUGAACUUCACAGUGGGUUUCAAGCCGCUGCUAGGGGAUGCACACAGCAUGGACAACCUGGAGAAGCAGCUCAUCUGCCCCAUCUGCCUGGAGAUGUUCUCCAAACCAGUGGUGAUCCUGCCCUGCCAGCACAACCUGUGCCGCAAGUGUGCCAACGACGUCUUCCAGGCCUCGAACCCUCUGUGGCAAUCCCGGGGCUCCACCACUGUGUCUUCCGGAGGCCGUUUCCGUUGCCCAUCUUGCAGGCAUGAGGUUGUCCUGGACAGACAUGGCGUCUAUGGCCUGCAGAGAAACCUACUAGUGGAGAACAUUAUCGACAUUUACAAACAAGAGUCUUCCCGACCACUGCACUCCAAGGCUGAGCAGCACCUUAUGUGCGAGGAGCAUGAAGAGGAGAAGAUCAAUAUCUACUGCCUGAGCUGUGAAGUGCCCACCUGCUCUCUCUGUAAGGUCUUCGGUGCCCACAAGGACUGUGAGGUGGCCCCCCUGCCCACCAUUUACAAACGCCAGAAGAGUGAGCUCAGCGAUGGAAUCGCAAUGCUGGUGGCCGGCAACGACCGCGUGCAGGCAGUGAUCACACAGAUGGAGGAGGUGUGCCAGACCAUAGAGGACAAUAGCCGGCGGCAGAAGCAGUUACUAACCCAGAGGUUCGAGGCCCUGUGCGCGGUGCUGGAAGAACGCAAGGCUGAGUUGCUGCAGGCGCUGGCCCGCGAGCAGGAGCAGAAGCUGCAGCGCGUGCGGGGCCUCAUCCGCCAGUACGGAGACCACCUGGAGGCUUCCUCUAAGCUCGUGGAGUCGGCCAUCCAGUCCAUGGAGGAGCCACAGAUGGCGCUCUACCUCCAGCAGGCCAAGGAGCUGAUCAAUAAGGUCGGGACAAUGUCGAAAGUGGAGCUGGCAGGACGGCCAGAGCCGGGCUAUGAAAGCAUGGAUCAGUUCACCGUGAGCGUGGAGCACGUGGCCGAAAUGCUGAGGACCAUCGACUUCCAGGCGGGCGCUUCCGGGGAGGAAGAGGAUGAGGAGGUGGCGUUGGAGGGGGAAGAGGGCAGCGCGGGGCCAGAGGAAGAGCGGCCGGAUGGGCCGGAAGGAGGGGCGCGCCCCCUAGCGCGCGUGCAGAAGUACACUUUCCCACCAGCCUUUACUCUGGGGCUUGGGAAGACCGAGUUGGGUCGGGAGGUAGAGGAGAAACCCACUGGGGAAAGUGGGUGA